ACCUCGUUAACCAACCUUCAGAGAGCCGUGACAGUGCGUUGAUAUUAAACAAACUCAGAAAUCUCCCCCUAUGAAUCUUUCGCCAGCGAAAGAACAAUCUUGAGAGGUUUAAGAGCCUUUUUAAAAAAAAUUAUUACUCUUUAUGUUCAUGAUCUAGGCAUGGAAAGCUUCAGCAGAGAAUAAACAACCCAAAGCGACUGAAGGCAGGGAAGGAAUAAGCUAUGGAAGAGAAAUCCCCACAAGACCUGCUCUUCAAAGAUCAGGACUUCUCCUCUGAGAUGUUAAGGCAACUUAAUGGUUUACGACAGAACAGGAUUCUAACUGAUGUCGUCCUAAGCACAAGUGACAUCGAAAUCCCUUGCCACAGGAAUGUUCUUGCUUCCAGCAGCCCCUACUUCAAGGCAAUGUUUUGCAAUAAGUUUAAAGAGAGCUGUCAGGAAAAGGUCAGCCUCCAAGGCAUCGACUCAGGUAUUCUUCAUUGUAUUAUCAUGUAUGUCUACACAGGAGAGAUUCUCAUAACAGAGGAUAAUGUUUUGUAUCUAAUGGAGACUGCCUCCAUGCUCCAGUACGUGAGACUGUUUGAGGCCUGUUCGGCCUACCUCCAGGACCAGCUCACUCCAGACAACUGCCUCAGCCUGAUUCGGCUCUCGGAAAUCUUGCACUGUGAGAAUCUCAAUAAGAAAGCCAAAGCGAUGGCUCUGAAGUGUUUCCCUGAAGUAGCCACUUCGGAAGACCUGAAAGAACUUUGUGCCUUGGAGCUUAUUAACUAUCUUGGAGACGAUGAACUCUGUGGGGAUGAGGAACAAGUCUUUGAGGCACUGAUGGUUUGGGUUAGACAUGACCUCAAGGCCCGGCAAGGCUAUAUCCAAGACUUGUUCGAGAAAGUAAGGCUUCAAUAUGUCCAUCCAACUUUUUUCUUCCACUUCAUUGCCAAUGACUCUCUCAUUCAGUCAUCACCUGCCUGUAGGAACAUCUUGGAACUAGCAAAUAGGCAGAUGUUUUCUUUGUAUAGCACCAGUGCUCCAGGCAUCAAACCUAUGUGGCACGUUCCUCGGCGAUAUUCGUGCCGGGAAUUCCUUCUCCUGGUUGGUGGUCGGAAAGACAACCAACAGACGACGAGGGAUGUCUUGCUGUAUGACGAGAAGACAAACCAAUGGCUGAGUCUUGCCAAAUACCCAACAAGCCUCUAUAAGGCUUCUGCUGUGAGUUUACACAGUAAUAUCUAUCUCCUUGGAGGCAUUCCUAUUGGCAGUGGGAAUAGCCAAGUCACUGCCAGUGUUUAUAUCUUCUCACUCAGACUUAAUCAGUGGAGGUUGAUAGAACCCAUGCUGAUCCCACGCUAUUCCCAUAGGAGUAUCGCCUACAAAAACUACAUCUUUGCUAUUGGAGGCAUUGGGAUGAACCAGGAAAUAUUAAAUUCCAUGGAGAGGUAUGACAGCAUCUACAAUAUUUGGGAGCACAUGACAAAUAUGCCCAUUGCUGUUCUUCAUCCUGCUGUGGCUGCCAAAGACCAAAGAAUCUAUCUUUUUGGAGGGGAAGACAUUAUGCAAAACCCUGUCCGGCUAAUACAGGUGUACCAUGUAUCCAGGAACAUGUGGUUCCGAAUGGAGACCAGGAUGGUAAAGAACGUCUGUGCGCCAGCAGUUGUGAUUGGAGACCGGAUUUUUAUUGUUGGAGGAUAUACCAGGCGAGUAAUUGCUUAUGAUACAAAGGCCAAUAAAUUUCUGAAGUGUGCAGACAUGAAGGACAGGCGGAUGCACCAUGGGGCAGCAGCCAUCAAUGAGAAGUUGUAUUUGACAGGAGGCCGCUGCCUUACCAUUGACAAUGUCAUCGAAGACUCUGAUUCGCUUGAGUGCUACGACCCCAAGACGGACACCUGGACUUCAAGGGGGAAACUGCCACACAAACUGUUUGACCAUGGGUGCCUUGCACUUCAGUGUGUGCCUUAUGCCAACCUCAUGUGAGAGGAGGACUGGCUGAAAUGGAUGUUGUUUCCCUCAGGCCAAAGGGAACAUGCAUCUGACAAAUUGCUUUUUUUCAUCUUAGAUAUUCAAACCACAAAAAGCUAAUUCUGAGUCCAGAAGAAAGAAAAGGGAAGAAAGAGGGGUGGGGGGGGGGAAGAGAUUGAACUUGACCAUUUGCAGAGAAAAAGCAUCCUAUCCCUGUUCUGAAUCCAGAUCCUUCCCUUCCAGUCUGACCUUGAUUUUUUUGGAGUGCUUUCAUUAAAAAUCAAUGACAACCGAUGUGCUUUUACUCCUAUCUGUGUUUUGGCCUUCUUUCUCCGUUUUGUUUAGUUCUUUUGAGGAGCUGGAGGCAGAGGUGCCUUGAAAAAGUUUCUAAUUACUGUAUUCCAAACUGAAGAGAAAACAUUACAUAACAUGAGGAUGUGGAACUCACUCUCUCAGCUGAGACUGCAUGGCUCCCUCUUUCCCAGCCUUUAGGAGGAAAGAGAAGACUGCCCUUUUUAUCCAGGCUUUUUGGCCAAUGAGCUGUCCUUUGGUCUUUUAAAUGUUUAGCUGUAUUUGUUCUGUUUUUAUGUUUUUAUUGAAUUGUUUUUAUCUUGUUCACUACCCUGAGGUCUUCAGACAAAGGGCAGUAUAUAAAUAUCAAUAAAUAUCAGUUUCAUUAAAA